AUGGCUCAAGCUUCGAAAGCGUCAAUGAAAGAUUCAAAAGAGAAAGCACCUGCUCGCCACCACCGACAUCAUCAUCACCAUAACCAUGCAUCUACAUCCACCUCUGCCUCAGUCAUCAACUCUGACCCAGCCACCAAAGAAUUGACUAAAGAAACCGUUCAAUCUAGGACUUCAAAGAAGUAUGUUCACCUCCAACAUGAAAGCAUCGGUAGAUUAACCCGUGAUAGGAAGGAGGAUUUGGAUGCUCAACAUAAUCAUGACCACAAUACCUCUACGACUGCUUCGACAAGUAGUAGUACAGUUAGAGGUAUUAAUUUGCCUCAGGCUCCACAUACAGAGAAGAACUUAUUUGCUUGCCAUCACCUCGCCCUGGGACAGCAACAAUGUGAACAUCAUCGCUAUGACAAUGGAUCUGCAAUAGCAUCUACUUCUGCUUCAACUGCCAGCAGAUCGACUAUAAGAGGUGACCAAUCCUCAACGUCCGAAGAAGUCAUACUCGAUCCUGGAUCACAAGACGGGCAGUUAGCAGGUGUUGGAGGCUGGGUGGAAGAGUACGAUGAUAGUUAUGGUGGGAACUAUCCACAAGAAGUUGAUUUGAACGGCACCGGUGAGCCAAAAGAGAGGGAAAGAGAGGGUGAGGUGAUGAAAUAG